AUGUCGGGCGGAAACAUUCGAGGAUUUAGCUACUUGGAGAACCUCCCUCCAAUAACGUUCCGCCGCCUGUACCAGCAGCCCGCAACCUCCCUUGCCAUCUUCCGCCGCAUGCUCCCAAAUCUAGCCAAAGUGAUAGUGACCACCCUCCUCUACAACGACAAGCCCAUCCCCCUGGCGGACCUCGAAGCGCUGAUCCGGCCUGAAUCACACCGCCAGCGCGAAGACGCCUUCAGCAAGCUGCGGCGGCUGCACAUCAUCGCCGAGGCUGCGGACGGCAUCAGUCUCGACCCCGUGUUCAAGAAGAACUUCCGCCUGGCGCUCACCGGCGGCGGGUCGCACCACUCGUUUGGCGUGCCGUGCAACACGCCCGACAAGAAGAACGUUACGGUGGCCUUCCUCGACGAGUAUGCGCAGAAGAAGUUUGAGAGCAUCCUGCACUUCAUGGUGGGCACGCACAACGACACGAAGCCCGGCGACGGCGUCAUUGAGCUGCUGUGUAUCGGGAAGCUGAUGGAGCGGCAAGGCAAGGGCACCCAGGCAACAAUCACAAAGAACGGCUUCUCCUUCCUCCUCCAGGAAGGAAACUCCCAGAUCUGGGCGCUGCUGAUCCAGUACCUGGACUACGCCGAGGACCUCAAGAUGGAGAAGACGGACGUGCUGCACUUCUUCCUGAUGCUCGGAUCGCUGGAGCUCGGGCAGGCGUACGCCAUCAAGACGCUCACGCUCACGCAGCGCACGAUGCUCACGGACAUGCGCGACUACGGAAUCGUGUACCAGCGCAAGGCAUCGUCGGACCGCUUCUACCCCACGCGCCUGGCGACGACACUGACGAGUGAGAGCGGCGGACUGCGUAGUGCCAGUCAGACGAUGGACGUGGCGACGGGCGCGGAUAAGGCGGAUGAUGAAGGGAAGGGAUUUGUCAUUGUGGAAACGAACUAUCGCGUUUAUGCCUACACCAACUCCCCCCUCCAAAUCGCCGUCCUAAACCUCUUCGUCCGCCUCACCACCCGCUUCCCCAACCUCGUCUCGGGGCGCAUCUCGCGCCACUCCAUCCAGGAGGCCAUCAAGAUGGGCAUCACGGCCGACCAGAUCAUCAGCUACCUAACCGUGCACGCGCACCCGCAGAUGCGCAAGAACCUCGUCAUCCUCCCGCCCACCGUCGUCGACCAGAUCCGGCUGUGGCAGAUUGAGGGCGAGCGCAUGAAGGCCACGCAGGGCUUCCUGUUUAAGGACUUUACGACGGCGCAGGACUUUGAGGAUGUGGCGAGGUAUGCGGGCGAGCUGGGCGUGCUGAAGUGGAAGAGUGUGCAGAAGAGGUGCAUGUUUGUGACGAGGCAUGAGCAGAUUGCAGAGUGGUUGAAGAGGAGGGCGGCGGGGGGGAAGAGGUAG